UUCAUAUAUGUGGUUUAUCCUGCACUUGUAUUGGCUUAUAUGGGACAAGCGGCUUUUAUUUCACAACAUCACAACUUCGAGAGCAGUUAUCAUAUUGGAUUUUAUGUGUCAGUACCAGAAACACUCAGAUGGCCUGUUCUGGUGAUUGCUAUACUGGCAGCUGUAGUUGGGAGUCAGGCAAUUAUUACUGGAACCUUUUCAAUCAUCAAGCAGUGCUCUUCAUUAAGUUGUUUCCCUGGAGUGAAGAUUGUGCACACAUCCUCGACAGUGCAUGGUCAAAUAUACAUACCAGAAAUCAAUUGGAUGCUGAUGAUACUCUGCCUGGCUGUUACUAUUGGCUUCAGAGACACAAAGCACUUGGCAAAUGCACAAGGGUUGGCAGUAAUCACUGUCAUGCUUGUUACCACUUGCUUAAUGUCACUCGUUAUUGUGCUUUGCUGGAACAAGAGUAUCUUCCAUGCCCUUGGUUUCCUGCUUUUCUUUGGCGCGAUCGAAGUAAUCUACUUCUCAGCUUCCCUUGUCAAGUUUCAUGAAGGUGCUUGGGUUCCCAUUACUCUCUCCUUCAUAUUUAUGGUGGUCAUGUGUGUCUGGCACUAUGGCACGAUAAAGAAGUACCAUUGAGUUCCUAA